UGUGUUAUUGUGAUAAUUAAAACAAAAAUAAGAUUUCUAAAAUUAAUUUUAGAUGAUAUUUUAGGUUGCCAAGCUUAGAAUAUUUCUUCUGAGUACCAAAAGGCCAGUAAGACUUCUAUUUAAAAGGGCAUUUCUUCUGCAUGAGUUGUCUCCGUCUUACAAGUUGGUAUGUAGCACAAGAACCACAAGAACAAUAUAAUAUUUGAGGAGUUUAUGUAAUUUCAAUUGUCAAAAAUGAGUAUAGGUUAUUAUCGCAUAAAUAUCGGAUUGACGAAACUGACAUGGUGAUGGGUGAGGGUGACGGUGAUAUGGAAGGCGGGGGUGGCGGGAACGACGAGUGCGUGGAAGACGGCGAUGAAGAGUUAGUAGCAAUGAUGGGUCCGCCUACAACGUUUUGUGGUAAUAACAAGUGCAAGAAAAUCAGGAGACCUCUGCCACCCCGUGAGACGUGGAAAAAGAAAAUCGAAUUCUUGUUGGCGGUAGUCGGUUUUGCCGUCGAUUUGGGUAAUGUGUGGAGAUUUCCUUACAUCUGUUAUCAGAACGGCGGAGGUGCGUUUCUUAUACCGUACGUGGUGAUGUUGGUAUUUGGUGGCUUGCCUUUGUUUUACAUGGAAUUGGCUCUGGGACAGUUCCAUCGAUGUGGAUGUCUCACAGUGUGGAAGAAGAUUUGCCCUGCUCUUAAAGGUGUUGGAUAUGCAAUAUGCCUAAUCGAUAUGUAUAUGGGCAUGUAUUACAACACGGUGAUCAGUUGGGCGCUAUAUUAUCUGUUUUCGUCGAUGAGAUCUGAACUGCCCUGGACCAGUUGCGACAACCCGUGGAACACUCUGAAUUGUACUCCGGUGACCAAUUUAUCGGCAUUAACCAACGUUUCGACGAGUCCAGCUAAAGAAUUUUUUGAGAGGAGUGUUUUGGAACAACACAGAGCCGAUGGGUUGGAUAGAAUCGGUCCGAUAAAGUGGUCGUUGGCGUUGUGCUUGUUGGCCGUGUUCCUAUUGGUGUAUUUCUCUCUGUGGAAGGGAGUGAGAAGUACGGGUAUGGCUGUAUGGGUCACGUCUCUCGCCCCGUACGUUGUAUUGUUCAUGUUGCUUUUCCAAGGUAUCUCUUUACCAGGCGCCGGCGAGGGCAUACGAUACUAUCUGACGCCGCAGUGGCACAAGCUCGUUAACACAAAGGUGUGGAUAGACGCGGCGUCUCAAGUCUUCUUCUCGCUGGGUCCGGGAUUCGGCACUCUCCUCGCCCUGUCCAGCUACAACAAGUUCAACAACAACUGUUAUUGGGACGCCAUACUCACCAGUUCGAUAAACUUUCUCACCAGUUUCCUUGCCGGGUUUGUUAUAUUCACCAUGCUCGGUUACAUGGCACACGUGCAAAACAAGAGUAUAUCCGAAGUGGGAACCGAAGGACCGGGUUUGGUAUUCAUCGUGUACCCUGAAGCAAUCGCCAUGAUGACCGGUUCAGUGAUGUGGGCCCUAAUAUUCUUUUUGUUACUCAUCACAUUAGGUUUGGACAGUACAUUCGGUGGUUUGGAGGCAAUCAUAACCGGUCUCUGUGACGAAUAUCCGAAUGUAUUAAAGCGGCACAGAGAAUUGUUUGUUGCUGGUUUAGUAGCAGUGAUUUAUAUACUAUCAUUGCCAACUACUACAUACGGUGGAGUUUAUUUGAUCACAUUGCUGAACGUAUUCGGACCCGGAAUCGCCAUACUGUUCGUUGUGUUUGUCGAGGCAGCAGCUGUCUGUUGGGUGUAUGGGGUGGACCGGUUUGCAAACGAUAUCGAAAUGAUGAUCGGUCACAGGCCCGGAAUGUUCUGGAGAUUAUGCUGGUGCUACAUAAGUCCUGCAUUCUUGUUGAUCAUUUUUGUGUUCUCAAUAUUGGGAUACAAAGACAUGAUGGCUGGAGGUUCGUAUGUUUAUCCGGAUUGGAGCAUUAAUAUGGGAUGGUUGAUGACUGCUUCUUCGAUCAGUUGCAUACCUGCUUACUUCAUUUACAAAGUGUGCAAGACACCGGGUUCAUUCAUGCAGAGGAUCAAAUUGGCCAUGAAACCGGAAGAUCCGGAACCGGACGACCGGGGCAUCGUGGCGAUCGCGUCGGCUGUGCACGGAGGUGGCAGCGGCGGUGGGGGCGGCGGCGGCACGCACGUCUGAUUGGAAUGGCUCGUCUGACCCGGCCGACCACGACAACAACAACAACAACAACAACAACAACAAUAACAAUAAAAAAAUCAACAACAGCAAAAGUCGCGGCCAACCAAAAUGCGACUUGUCGGGUUAUUGCUGUCGCAUAUAAUAUUAAUAUGUUAUCAUCUUACAAUAUAUUACAUAAAUAUAAAAUAUAUAUAAACAGCCGGCGACGUCCACCACCGGAUAUAUACCGGAUAUGGCUAUUGUACCGUAGGAUACGACGACUAUUAUCACAAUAAUCGUAUAAUAUCGUCACCACCGCCCUUUCAAUAAUAUGACGACGACGACGACAAACGAAGACGAGUCGUGUGCGACUCAACAGGUGGCGAUCCACCGUGUACGUAGUGUAGUACAAUAUCAUAAUAUAAUAUAUAGCAGCUAGUACUCUAAAUAGUGUUAUUUAUUAAUAGUAUAAUUAUUAUUGUAACGUAGUCGUAGAGUGUGAAACAAAUGUAGCGUAGAACGACGACCGCGAUUUAAGCGGUUUGUCUUAGGUAUUAUAGACGCGGUGACGAACGAUCGCGCCAGCGGGACACACAUUGUUUAGCAGUGUGAGAUAAUAGUAUUAUAACAAUAGUAAUUAGCCGUCGACGAGACGUGCGUAAAUGUAGUGCGGAUAUGAUGGCUGGUCAUAUUUUUAGGAAACUGUGCGUGCUCCUGACACACGGCGUAGUUCUAGUGCGUUUUUAUUAUAAAACAAAAUAUUAUUAUUAUUAUACAUUUAUUAAUUAUUUAUUAUAGAACAUAGUCGUAGGUACUAUAUUAUAUUAUU